AUGUCUUCUAUACAACUAUUAGGACUGUUUCAAGUUGAAGCAAACGUAUCUGAAUCUUUCGAAUUAUCUAGUCAUUCUAGUGCUAUGUUUAAAGCAGCAAUCUUACUGUCUCAACAGUAUAAUAUAACAAUUGAUGGACAAUUCAUACAAUGGCAAGUUGUAAAAACCAGUGGCAGAGCAGUACAUGCUAUGAGUAGUACAUGUCAAGCAAUAUCUUCUUCUAACAUUGUUGGUAUUGUAGGUCCAAUAUUGUCAAGAGAAGCUCCUAUUAUUGCUGAGUUUGGUGAAAGAAUUGGUAUACCUGUUAUAUCAUAUGCUGCAACAGAUUCUGAUUUAUCUGAUCGAAAUACUUAUCCUGCUUUUUAUCGUACAGUACCUUCAGACAAUGCAACUGCAUCAGCAAUUGUAAAACUAUUUAUUCGCUUUAAUUGGACUUCGUGCAUAAUUAUUCACCAAAAUGAUGCAUAUGGAUUUGGUGGUGCAAAAAUAAUGAUUGAAAAAUUUGUUAAAAAUGGUUUGAUAGUUGCAGAUACGUUAGUAUUUGAUAUAACAACACUUCGUAUGCGAGAUAAUUUGAAAAAUGCUUUGACUAGUAGCUCAACACGCAUUGUUGUAUUAUGGGCUGGAUCAACUUACAUAUCUUUAAUUUUAAAAGAUGCACUUGAUUCUGAUGUACUUGGUCCACAUUUUACAUGGAUAUUAAGUUCAAGUGUUUCAUUAAAUUCUUUUAAUGAAAUAUUUAAUCAAAAAUUAAUUGGAAUGCUUACUAUUGAACCUACAACAGGCAAUGUUCUUAAUGCACCAACUAAUACAACAUUAUUAAAUGCAGCCUAUAAUAUUUGGAAACAGUAUGAACCUGAAACAUUUCCAAAUUCAACAGAUGUAGAUUGUUACGCAUUAUUUGCAUUCGAUGCAACUUGGUUAUUGAUUCAAUCAUUAAAAGAAUUUUGUUCAAAAAGUGCUAAUAGUUCAUCUUCAUGUAUAUCAUUUAUCCAUUCUUCAUCCUGUUUUGAUGGUUAUUUUCUCAAUUCGAAUUCAUUUUUCGACACAAUAAAUCGUAUGACAUUUCUUGGUGUCUCUGGUCCUGUACAAUUUAAUAUUAAUGUAACCGAUCGAAUAAAUGGCAGUUAUUAUGUUGCACAAAACUCUCAACCUUCUUCAAAUGGGAUCAAUUUCGUACCAGUAUUGAAAUAUUCUGAUCAUGAUGGUUGGCAAGAAUAUUCAGAAACACGUGUACUUAUUUGGCCAGGUAAUUCAUUAGUACCACCUACUGGUAAUGCACAACUUGCUGGUGUUAAAUUAAGGAUUGGUGUGAUUGAAUCAGUUCCAUUCACAAUCGUUUCUACUAGAACAAAUGAAUUUGGACAAAAUCUAACAAAACUCAUUGGAUACAUACCCGAUCUUAUUGACCUUUUACAAAAUAAGAUGGGAUUUAUUCCAAAUAUUGAAUUAAUAUCAAAUCGAACAUAUUCUUCAUUAGGAGAACUAGUAGAAAAUUGUGUUUAUGAUAUAAUAAUAGGUGAUGUCACAGUUACUGCUAUAAGAAGAGAAAAAGUUGGGUUUUCGAAUUCAAUAUUUGAUAAUUCCUUACGCAUUGUAAUGCGAAAACAUCCUGAUGUUCAUAUAAAUUUCUUUGCAUUUUUGAGACCAUUCUCACGUAACCUCUGGUUAUUAAUCUUGGGUACUACUAUUUUUGCUAGUAUUUUGGUCUGUCUAUUAGAGAGAGAAGCAAAUCCAACACUACAAAAUCAAUCAAUAUUUGAUUUAUGUAUAAUGAGUGUAUGGUAUACUUUUGGUAAUCUUGUUGGAUAUGGUGUAGAUUUCUAUGUUAAGACAGCAACUGGCCGUUUAUUAACUGCUGGUUUAUAUAUCUUAUGUUUAGUAUUAAUUGCAUCAUAUACAGCAAACUUAGCAUCCGAUCUAACAAUAGCAAAAUCGAAGAAUAUUAUUUCCGGAAUUGAGGAUAUUAAAAGUGGUAAGAUACCAUUCAAACGUAUUGGUAUUGUUGUAGGUACAGCUGCUGAGGAAUAUUAUUUAAGAGAAAUCUCUAGUGGUAGUCGAAAUUAUUACCCAUUAAAGUCUGGACAAGAAAUUUUUAAUAGUUUAUUAAAUAAUCUAAUCGAUGUAGCUUUUCAUGAUACAGAUAUUGCAGAAUAUGUAACUAAUAAUAUUUAUUGUAAUUUGACAUUGAUUGGUGAAGGUUUUGAUAAAGGUAUAUUUGGUAUUAUGACACCGAAACAAUGGUUAUAUGGACAAGAUUUAGAUGUUAAUAUAUUAUCGUUAAGAGAAUCAGGUAAUCUUGAUAUUUUGCGAAGAAAAUGGUUUCAAGUAAAGAAAUGUUCUGAUUCAUCGGCAACAUUUGUCGCAAUUGGAAUUGGAUCAUUGAGUGGAUUAUUUAUGACAUUUGGAGUGAUUUGUGUUGCAUCAUUAUUAUCAUUAGCAUGGAAGAAACGAAAAAUCCUAUUCAAAAAGUGUAAACAAGAAAACGAUGAUUUAGUAUCGCAGUCCGAUAUCUCGAAUUCUUAG